UGUCUGCCUGCUUCCUCCGCACCCAGCCUCUGUGCCGAUGAUCUAACGUGCAGACGCCGAGCGUCACUCGGUGUCAGAGGGCCGGUGAGUGAGCAGCUGCCUGCCUCGCGGCUCCAGUAACCCGAAACUUCCAACUCGGUAACAGCUGACCUCGGCAGCACCUCCUCUCUCCACCGUCCCACGGCCUGUCGACUUCCUCCAGCUAGCUCUCCGCCCUCACAGACAGCCGCCUCACCAUGGCAAGCGGCCCGACAGUCCUCCUGCUGUGUGCCGGUGUCACCCUGUUGCUAGGGCGAGUUUUAGGUGAUAAUGAAUUGAAUUUGGAGGAUGCCCUCUCCGACGAUACCACCUUGAGGCCAACUCCUGAGAAACCUCGCAACCCUUCAGGUGGGGCAGGUACUGGGAACUUUAAUAUCGAAGACAUGUUGGACUUUAACACCCCUACAGACAAGCAAACAACCAAACCUCCCAAGAGAGUGACAACCACCAAAGCACCAAAGAAAGGAGGGGGCGAUGGAGAUAUUGGCCAGUCAGAUUUCCUUCAAACUACCAAAUCACCUCAUAAAACCACCAAGGCACCUAAUACCACCAAAAAAACACCAAAGAAGGGCACAAGUGACCCUAGCCUUGAUUUUGACCUGGCCGAUGCCCUUGAUGACAGCAAUGACAACGGCAAAGGAGGUAAAGGUGACUCAGAUCACCCUCGCCAUCCACGCCCUAAAGGAAACAAUCCAGGCUCGUCUACGUUUUCAAAUCAAGAACUUGAAAACGUGUUGAAAAACAGUGACUAUAGCCCUGAUAAGAAGAAGUCAGAUGGCCCUUCUUCGCCUUCCAAUGAUGAGGAUCAAGUGGCCCUGCCUGAAACAACAAUCGCUGGGAUCGCCAGUGCUGUGGCAGCCGCAUUGUUGGGGGCCGUGUCCAGCUACAUUGCCUACCAAAAGAAGAAGUUGUGCUUUAAAAUGCAAGGGAGCCUGAAUCAGCCCUACGUGAAGGGGGAAAGUGCAGAAGCCGGGACGAUGUCUGAGCCACAAGCUGAGAGGAGCCUCCUGGAGUCACAGCCAGAGAAGCCGGCAGCAGAUAAUGCAAAUCCGGUCUAGAUCACCGUGUUGAAAGCAACAGCCUUUACCUGGAGACCAACCUCUGUUUAAAAUCUGUCUUUUCUUAAUUCAUUUAAAGUAAAAUGGAAAGUUGUUACUUAAAGCCUUCAAUAGGUCAUUUACAUCUGUGUUAGACUAGGUAUGAAUUAGUAGGUAGACGAUGUACAGUAUUGGUGUAGGUUCCACGUUAGAAGUAAUGGACAAUGGGAAAGUGACUUGGAUUGGAGAAACUCAGCAAGAUUCGUGGCUCGUUUAAAGCAUGUAGUUUAAAGAUUUCUUUCUGAUGUUUUAUAAAAUGCUAACAUUGAUUGAUGCAGUAGCAGGGAAGAGGGUGAAUGUGAAGGGGUACCAUUCAAAUGAACAUCUUGCAUUGGUUUACAUAUAUCAGAGAUGGUGACUGAAAUAAACAAAUGAUGUAGUCGUUCCAGGCACCAGCCUGUCCUUCAAAACAUUUUACAAUGCUUCGUAUAUGAAAGAAUAUGCCUAAGAGGCCAUUGUUGUAUGUGCCUCCACCACCAUCCCUGGCACCCACCACUCUAUAACUUACUCCACACACCUCCUUUGAACUUGCCCCUUCUCGCCUUAAACAUAUGCCUUCUAGAACAUAGAACGUUACAGCCUUUUGGUCUAGACUGUUAUGCGGGCCUUAUUACCUACUUUAAGGUCAAUCUAGCCCUUCCCUCCUACAUAGCUCUCCAUUUUUCUAUUAUUCAUGUGCCUAUCUAAGAGUCUGUUAAAUGCCUCUAAUGUAUCAGUCUCCACCACCAUCCCUGGUAGCGUGUUCCCCACACACACACAGUUCUCUGUGCAAAAUAAGAUAAUGGUAUUAGACAUUUUGACCUCAGGUUCUGGGGGAAAGCAGCUGAAAGUGAACUCAAUGAACAAGAUCUGUAAAACGUUCCAUGUAAACCCCGAGUCCUCCCCACAUCUCAGAUAUUGAGAUCAGGCCAUCGAAAGCUGAACUUUACAAGCAAUAGUCAGGAGCUGCCACCGAUUGCAAACUGCACACUAAAUACCAACAGAUAGUGCAAACGCUGCAUCUGUCUGCUAAAUCCUGCAAUAAUAACCUCUGCCUGAAUUAUUGCUUCAAAUUUUACAUGACUGAUAGGGUGCACCUUCAGAAGAGCAAUGCAGAGAGCAGUUUCCUUGUGUAUAUAUUUUCCAAAAGACUGUGUUCAGCACUUACUCUGUGACUGGUUGGGCAAUUAGCCUGGAUCACAGCCUGCUGCAUUCGAUGUGAAUAUCAAUCAGUUCCCACCACCAAAGGACAUAAACCACCACACUGUGCAAAUACCAGCACACAAUUUAUCAUGUGUAAAGACUUGAACCUGCUGCUGUGUGAUCCCCUUGAGUUUUGUUAGAGAGACAAUCUACGUUAAUUCUGAUUUCUCCUACACUUUCUGCAGCUAUCAUAUUUACAUUUUUUUGGGAGGGGGGGAUGUUUGCCAAUUUAAAAGCAGUGUUGCCAAUUUAAAGGAAAAUACUUAAGGGCACAUGCGAAGUUGUCGCUAAAAGGCACUGCUGCGCUAACGAUCCCACAGGGUACAAAACAGGAACAUAGGGUGAGAAUAAGCCACUUAUUCCCUCAUCUCUGCUCAUUCAAUGAGGCAAUGCCUCAUUUGUGACUGAUCCCUGCGUACCUGUCUUUGUCCUCCAUACCUUUGCUUAGCAAUAAAAUAGCAAUCUCAGAUUUAGAGCUAACAAUAAAACCAUAAGGAUUAGGCCAUUCAACCCAUCGAGUCUGUUCUGCCUCUCCAUUAUGGCUGAUUCCAGAAGCAAGUUUAUUAUCACUGACGUGUGCCAUGAAAUUUGUUACUUUGCUGCAGCAGGGCAGUGCAAUAGAUAAAAAUAUAAUCACAAAAAGAAAUACAGUGGAAUUGGUUAAUUGGGACACAUCAGGACCAGUACAUUUUGGUCCAUUCAAGCGGCUGCCCCAAUUAGCUAAUGUUUCAUGGAAAUUUAGUUAAAAAGUUAUAAAAAAAGACAAACUGAAUAACAAAUUAUAUAUUUAAAUGAAGUAAGAACAAACUAGAACUCUACCAAUAGUACUAUAAAAUUGUGUAUUAGUUCUUAAUAGUUAUCGAGGGAGGAAUUCAUCCAGUGUAGGCAUUGAACUAAAUCAGUGCAGACACCUAGAGCAGAUAAUGGACUGCUUUCAUACAAUGCUUUAGAUGAUUGCAUCCUCUGAAUCUUCACUUUCAUUGUCCAUACCUUCCAAUUCUUCAUAAUUCCUAACUUGUGGAAGUAGUGAAAUUGUUUCAUUUUCAUGCCCAGCCAUUUCUGGCAUCUCCGAGCCUCAAUACUUGAAACCGAGCCUGGAAAUGGUUCUGAAUUGUCUUGCUGCUUAAUUCCCACUGACUAUCAAUGACAGAAAGCACUGACUUUUGAACACAUGUAGCUGACGCUAUUGAAAAUUUUGCUGUAAGUGUGGUGUAUUCUAAAGGCCACACGAGUCCUCGUGACUGACACUAGUUCGAGCCUGUUCGGCAAGAAUUCCCUACCCCAGUUAAGCGGCAUGGUGCCCUAAACAAAUGAAGGGAAUCCCCGCAAUUUUCUUGGUCAGCUUUUGUCCCUUAAGAACUGUCCCAAAUAAGUGGCUGUCUGACUAACCAUUGGCCCAAUUAACCAGAAUCCAAUGUACAUAUUGUUAAAAUUGAAUUCAAUAAGUAGUGCGAAGAUGGAGCAAAAAGAGCGAGGCAGUGUUCAUGGGUUCACUGUCCAUUCAGAAAUCUGAUGGUGAACGGGAAGAAGCUGUUCCUAAACGUAGUGUUGAACAUAGAUUAUCCCUCUCAACCCUAUUCACCUGCCUUCUCCCCAUAACCUUCGAUGCCCUGACUAAUCAAGAACCUGCUUUAAACAUACCCAAUGACUUGGUCUCCACAGCAGUGUGUGACAGUGAAUUCCAAAUACCAAUCAAGAUGGCAUCCACGGCCUUCGGUGGCCAGUAGUUUGAGACCUUUGUCACUUUCGGCCCAUCUAGUCCAUGCCAAACCUACAGAACAAAUUAACAACACCGUUGGGUACAUUUCAAAUAGAGCAAGCAGAUGGUAAACAAUUGAAGUGUUGCACCCAGAUCAUAAUUCGGCGGCACGUAGCUGGGUGGUUCGCGCGGCGUUUUAUGCCAUAGAUGACCCAGGUUCAAUCCCUGCCUGUUAAGAGUUUGUACUUUCUACCCAUGACCAUCUAGGUUUCCUCCCACAGUCCAAAGUCUGGUUGGUAGGUUAAUUGGUCUUUGUAAAUUGUCCCGUGAUUAGGCUGGUGUUAAAUUGAGGGUCGCUGGGCGGUGUGGCUCAAAGGGCUGGAAGGGCCUAUUCCACGCAGUACCUCAAUAAAAAAAUUUUAAAAAUAAAUAAGUAAGCCCUCCAUGCCCCUCCCAUCCAUGUAAUUAUCCAAAUUUCUCUUAAAUGUUGAAAUCAAGCCCACAUCCACGGCUUCCAAUGGCAGCUUGUUCCACACUCUCACCACCACCCUGAGUGAAGAAGUUCCCCUCAAACAGGUCACCCUUAACCCAUGACAUGCGUAGCCUAAUUCACACAAUGCCCAGCCUGACAGGAAUCAUAACAGAUGACUGUUCUUUGUAUUGUCUACUCUUAGAUAAACAGAGUCCUUUACCUUACAAGCAAGUUGAUAUCGGAUCCUGUAACUGUCAGUGUUUUAGUAAAACUGUAACUCCCCAAAAGUAAGAUUGCCUUUACAUUUCCGCCUUGAAGUUAAUUUCCAAACACCACCCCUCCUAUCCCGCCACCCCCGGAUAACACCCGCUUCGGGUGCCCCAGUCAGAACAAAGCGAUUGCUUGAAAAUCGCACUCCCCAUGUUGAGCUGUUUGUUGAGCUGUUUGCUGACUUCGCAGACGGCAACAGUAAGCAACAGAGGAGUGGGACGUUCGCAGAGCCUCCCCAUCUCAUUUGUAGCUCCGUGGAGCCAGUAACUCUUGCCGGUGCACUGCAUAUUGUAGGCGGCAGAGCUGUGGGAUGAAUACCAAGUGGCCAAGUUCUCUGUGUUGACAACACUUCAAUUGUUUGUCAUCUGUUUUCUCUGAAACAUUAUCUCGAAAAGCAUGCAGUACAACAAGGCUUUUAACUUGUAGGGCUGUCAUUAAGUUUACUAUUUAGAACAAGGUUGUUUAUUUAGAGCUAGACCUCCAUGUGAUCAAAGUUUUGGUUAAAACGAUAGAUUUUAAUCCUUGGAAAGAACGGAAGGCUCCACAAGGAAAAGUUGAAUAGUUUGUUCCCUGGCUUACUUUGUUCCCUGGAGCGUAGGAGAAUGACGGGAGAUUUGAUAGAGGUAUACAAAAUUAUGAGGGGUAUAGAUGGGGUAAAUGCAAGCAGGCUUUUUCCACUGAGGUUGGUUGUGACUGGAAGUAGAAGUCAUAGAAGUAGGAGGAGGAAAGUUUAAAUAUUUAAGGGGAACCUGGUGGGGUGAAACUUACUUAUUCAGAGGCUGGUAAAAGAAAGCAAAUAAUUUGAGGAACUCCGUGGGCCAGGCCGCGUCGCUGGAGGGAAAUGGACAGGCAUCUAAAGAUUUUAGCACAAAACCUCUGCUGUCCAUUUCCCUCCAUAGACGAUUCCUGAAUUACUGAGUUCCUCCAGCAGUUUUGUUUUGUUUAAGCUUAUCUAGGAUGUGUAUAACUUUAAUGAAGGUAAAGUAAGAGCCGCACACAAUAUCUCCAUGUCCCGCUUGAAGCAGGAAUCACCAGAUAACUGUCAGAAGCAAGAACCCUGCCUGACUUCCCCACACCUCAGGUAGAAUCACCUGGAGGCUGAGCACAAACACAUCCUCGUGGGCUGAAGCCACCAGGACCGUGUGAGUGACCUUCACUGCCAUUGCUUCUGGAGAAUUGCGUUAGAUCUCCCACCUGCUGGGAAACCAGCCUUAACUAUGGACGCUCACCAACAGCAAAUCACACAAAACUGAGCUGGUAACUUUAAUGCAACAACUGAAGAUUCUGAGUUGUACUUUCAACCGUGUUAUCAACUAACAGGCGUGCUUUUUUUAUCGAUAGUUUUCCAUAAAUUCCUAACACAAGAGAUCCUGGAAAUCCAGAGUAACACAUACAAAACGCUGGAGGAACUCAGCAGGUCAAGCAGUAUCUACGAAAAGGAGUAAACAGUCAAUACUAAAGGCCGAGACCCUCCUUCAGGACUCCCCAAAUGUCAAUUCUUUAUUCCUUUCCUAAUUUCCUCCAUCAUUUUGUAUGUUGCAUAGUAUUUUAUUAUUUUCCUAUAGAUGCCUGCAAAAAAAUGCAUCUCAAGCUAUGGUGACAUAUAUGUACUUUGAAAAUAAAUUUACUUUGACUAAACCACUUGUUUAAAAAAAACUCUGUUGUAAAGCACAUUCUAGAAGCGAGCCAUUUAACAGCCUCCCAGACAUUAAUACAGGCAAAAGGCAGGCAGGCAGGCUAUUCAGUUGAUGCAAGAAGUUACUGCGGGUUAAUUUAGACCUUUUUCCAUAUGGAGUGCAGCAGAUUCUGAGCUGUAACGGUAGAGCAGCAUCUCAGCUUAUUAUGUAUUCUUCCCUCUGCUUCAUUAUGGGGAAGAUUUAUCAGUGCCCGCAACACUGCAGUAAAGCUGGAGAAACUGGUGAGCGAUCAAUAGUUGUGUGACAGAGAGACGUUGGAAGCUUAAGGCUUUCAAGAGUGCAGAGUCGAUGGCGAGCAGUUGUCCUUUAAAGAGUGGAGAAAAGAUAGAGAGAACAUAUUCCUCAAGGCUGGAGAAAAUGAGACCAAGGGCAGUGGUAGUAAUUUCAGAGAGUCAUGAGGGGGUUACAGUAGGGUAGAUUAGUCUAUCCAGAUCACAUUGGCUCUUUACAGUCCCACUAAUUCUACUCCCCCAAUCUCUUUCCAUUGUAAACCCUGUAAUUCAUUUUUCUUUUAAGUACUGACCCUUCUUUAAAUGCCACAAUUAGAUCUGUCUCUGUUCUCCAAAUUAGUGGUAGGUCAGAUUAGGUUAGAUGUUAAUGAAAUAUUAUAUCAGUAUGCUACCUUGAGAUGCAUUUUCUUACAAGCAUUUACAGGAAAAUAAAGAAAUACAAUAGAACUUAUGAAAAAUUAUGCAUUGAAAGCUCUCCUGUUCAUUCACCUAGAACAAAUCAGAAUCGUAAGUUGUCGUAUUAGAUAAGUUAACAGCUCCCAAACGAGAAAAUCUGCAGAGGGGAUGCUGGAAAUCCAAAGCAACACACACAAAAUGCUGGAGGAACUCAGCAGGUCAGACAGCAUCUAUGGAAAGAGUAAACAGUCGACUUUUCAAGCUGAGACCCUUCUUCAGGACCUGAACGUUCUUGGCUCGAAACGUCAACAGUUUACUCUUCCACAGAUGCUGCCUGGCCUGCUGAGUUCCUAUGGCAUUGUGUGUGUGUGUGUUGCCAGCUUAGAAUCAGGACCAGGCUUAGCAUCUGUUGCAUAUGUCAUGAAAUUUGUUGUCCUUGCAGCAGCAGUGCAAUGCAGUACAGGAUAAUAGAGGGGGGAAAACAGUCAAUUACAGUAAGUAUAUACAUAUUAAAUAAUUUAAAUGAGUAGUGCAAAAAUGGAAAUCUUUAAAAAGCAGUGAGGUCGAAUGUCCAUUCAGAUGGCAGAGGGAAAGCUGUUCCUGAAUCACUGAGUGUGUGCCUUCAGGUUCCUGUACCUCCUUCCUGACAGUAGCCAUGAGAACAGGGAUUUAUCAUGUGGAAUAAAUACAGGAACAUGUUCUAUCACAAAUGGGCCAUGGUCUUAUCCUGUAUGCUUCUUAGCCACCUUUUCAAUCUUUCCUGUUAGCUAUGAAUAUUUACCCCAUUAUUUCAAAAUCUCUAGGGGAAUAAAAUCAUCUAUAACUUUGAUGGAACAAAUGCAGAGAGAUGAGCAGCACAAUUCCCAGUGUUUGGCACUGACAAUGAAUGCCAAAUUUUCCAACUUAAAGUAUCCUUCAUAACUCUUUGGUAAGACCAAAUUUAUCUCUGCAGUUGUAUUUUUGGCUGCAGUCUUAAUAGAGCACAAUCUGAUCAUUUUGUAAUUCAAAGGGUUUGAUUAAAUCCAAAAACCUGGGCAAGUCUUGCUUUAUAAAAAAAAUAGGUUUAAAGUUUAUAUAAGGCAUUGAAUUUAGCCACAUCAUAAGCCUUUGAACCAGGCUUUAUAAAAGGGCUUUAUACAACAUUACAGCCCUACUAUAUGUAAGAUACAAUGGUAGUUCCACAUUCAUAGGCUUUAAUUAUUCUUAAAACUCUUAAUGAAUUGUGUAUAUUUUGUUAUAUUCUUUACGAAUCUUUGUUAGUAGAAGUUCUUGAUUAGUUGAUAGCUUAGGUCUUCCAGGGAAAAAAAUACCAGUGUUUCACUUGGCUGACAUAGAUCACACCUUCAAACAUUUUUUUUCUUUUCAACUCACACUUCUGAAGAGGAUAAAGAAUGGUUAAGAAAAUAAUUUUUGGACAUUACAAUGUAACUGUAUUAGUGUGGAUUUGAUGUUACUGUGGGCUUGAUUGUUUGCAUUGAAUUGUAUCCAUUUUGAAUUCUGAAGUCCAAUGAGACUGCAGAUAUAUGAAUAUAGCUACAGCACUUGGGGACAGUUUGCAGCAAAUGGUGUACUAUGACCAGAGAAGAGACUCAAGGCACGUCCCCAUAUUGAAAUGUGUGGGUGUAGUCAGCGGUCUUUAAACAUGUCUCACCUCAGUCUCUGUGUUCCUCCAGCUGUGAUCUUUUACCAACCACCAUUUUCCACAAGACAAAGGAGCAGAAUUAGGCCAUUCAGCCCAUUGAGUCUGCUCCUGGUACCAUUCCAACUCUGAACAGCUGGCCUUUGCUCUGUCUAGGGAGCAGAAUUCUGGAAUACCCUCCUUUCUGCUUCUCCUUCCACCUUUUAGAUGGUUCUUGAAACCUACCUGGAGUCACAGAGCACCACAGCAUUGAAACAGACCCUUUGGCCCAUCUAGCCUGUGCCAAACUAUUAUUUUGCCUUGCCCCAAUGUUCUGCAGCUGGACCAUAGACCUCCAAACCCCUCACAUCCAUGUACUUAUACAAACCUCUUAAAUAUUGAAAUCAAAUCUGUAUUCACUUCUGCUGGCAGCUCGUUCCACACUCUCGUCACCGUGUGACUCAAGCAGAUCCCCCUUGUGUUUCCCUUAAACAUUUCACCCUUCACCCAUGGGUGAGACUAGAACUCUAAUUCUAGUCUCACCCUACCUCUUUGAACACUUCUAAGAGUAACCUGUGUUUUGGUGUUAUCAAUAACACUCCAUCGUAGGGAUGUUUUACUAGUCAGAAGUGCCACUGAAAUAUUAUUUGUUGUGGUACUGAUCAGCACUGAACACAGGGAAGCCCCUACUAACCACAAGGCAAGCACUUUGGCAGUAGAAAGUGGGAUCUUUUCCAGAAAUUCUGAGGCAGGGAGCGGUAUUGAUGGCGAACACACCCACGAUGGCUCAGACCGAAUGGUUAACGUGAACCACCAGAUAAUAACAUGAAUGCCAUGAGAAGGGCUACAACUGGUUUAAACCAGGGGUUCCCAACUUCUUUAAUGUCAUUAAACCGAGGGCUCCUUGGACCCCAGGUUGGGAAUCCUUGUUUUAAAGGACAAUUUCUGAUUAUUCCUGUGAAUGGGCCAAGCUUAAUUUCAAAGUCUUCAACAGGGAUUCCAGAAAAACAUUGGCUUACAAUGAAAUGGCCAUGGUGUGAUGUUCUGUUACUUUGAAAUGCAGAGUGUUUCUGAGUCACAUAGAUGCCUCCAGCCCAUCUGAUUUCACACUCUUGUUAACUGACUCUGAAGUCUUGGAAAACAAGACAAAGGAAGUCACAGAAGAUAGCUAGAUGGAAUGAUGGAGAUUUAAGCAGUGUCAGCUGUUCCAGAACUUCUUACACAGCUAUGAUUUGCCACUUGUCCACCAAAAUAAUUAAGGGACAGAGAGGUUGCAAAUGACAGCUGUUUGCCAUUGGGAUGGUUGUCCUAGGGUGGAAGAACAAGAUGAGGAAAAACUCACACAAAUCACGGACAAACUUUCAGCUUGGAGGCACAGUUGAUGUUUAACAAUCCUGUGAAAUAAAUGGGUAUUCAAAUACUUUAAACCAUUUUAGUCUUUUAAAUAAAAAGGAAACAUUGUAUAAAUACACCGGGAAGUUUAUUGAAUUUUUCCACAGGCUAAUGCAGUAAAGUCAAGAGGUUUAACAAACCAGGUUGAGAUCUGUCUCUCAAAGUCUGACUGUUCUACAGAUGCUUACUUUAUGGUUAGAGUACAGCUGUCUUGUGUGUCUUUGGCUGUAUUGAAUGAUAGAAUCACCACGCUCACUGUAACUUUGUGCCAUGGUGACUCUUAGUGAUCAAACUGUAACCAAACUGAAAAUUACUCAAUAAACUUAUAAAUAUCA